AUGGCCUUAGACCCCUCCAAGCCACCGAGCGUGACUGGAUCGCAACCUCACUCGACUGAGCAGGACUCACAGAGAGUGAUGACAAGCAAUGAGAUGGACAACCCUACAAUAUUUGCGAUGGACGCCCAGUCGCAAGGUGACCCUGGCAGAGUUCGUUUCUCGAGAGAAAUGCCGGGAACGAAUCUCGACAUUCCCCCGCAGACUGGGACAAAUAGUUCAGGGUUAAGGUCUAGCACGCAAAAAUCUCCAAAUCAAGCUCGCAAUCGGGGUUACUCCCUCAGGAGAUCGCUCUUCUUUCAUAAUAUUCAGAAACAAGAUCCAGAUAAAGGAGGCAUCUACGAAAUGGGCGCGCCCAAAGAAAGGAUGGGGAUCGAGCAAGCUUCGAUUGAUGAGAAUGCGCUGGGGAAAGGCAGGACCGGGGAGGCGGCAGUGGUGACAGAAUCAGGCUCCCUGAAAGGGACAAGGCUUUCAGAUCCGGGCCUCGAGCUACCACUCUACCGGCGUUGGCUCUCUAAGCAGAAUUCACGAAAAACUUUGAAGCAAAGACUGUCAAAAACUUAUCGCGACAUUCAUGACAAGAUCCUUCGAUCUAAUGCUCUUCCACAUAGCGUUGACGGCAGGAGUGUCAAGGUCAACAUUCUACCUGGUGACGGACCCAUCGAUGACCGGACGGGGAAACCAUAUAUCAACAACUUGAUCAUUUCCUGCCGUUACACUCUUUGGAACUUUGUACCUCGCCAGUUAGUCGCUCAGUUUGGCAAAUUGGCCAACUUCUACUUUCUGUGCAUUUCAAUCUUGCAGAUGAUCCCCGGCCUAAGUACCACUGGCACCUUUACAACCAUUGUACCCUUGUUGAUUUUCGUCACAAUCUCAAUGGCCAAAGAGGGAUACGAUGACAUUAGACGUCAUCGCCUCGAUAAGGAAGAAAACGAACGAUUAACCAAGGUUUUGAAGCUCCGUGAAACUGGAGACGACGGUGCUGAUACCGUCGAAUGGCACGAAAAACACUGGCGAGAAGUCAGAGUUGGUGAUGUUGUGCUCCUGGAGCGUGACUCUGGUGUGCCUGCUGAUUUAAUUCUUCUUCAUGCUGACGAGCCGACCGAUACCGCCUACGUUGAAACUAAAGGAUUGGACGGUGAGACGAAUUUGAAGUCGAAAAAGCCACUUCCGGACAUAAGUGAGCUCUGUCAAGACCCAAACUCCAUUGCCAAUUGUAGCAACAUCUUUGUUGUCGAAGACCCAAAUCUUGAUUUGUACAAAUUUGAUGGAAGAGUGCAUGUAAGCGGCCGAACGCUUCCACUGACCAACUCGGAAAUCCUCUACAGGGGCAGCGUCCUCCGUAACACACCAAAAGCUGUCGGCCUCGUCAUUUACUCAGGUGAAGAAUGUAAGAUUCGUAUGAACGCGAAUAAAAACCCUCGAGUCAAGGCACCCGCACUGCAAGGUAAAGUCAACCGGGUUGUCAUUGUGGUUGCUGCUCUUGUGUUUUUCAUGGCCAUCAUAUUAACUAUCGGUUAUGUUAUUUGGCGCCCAAGGACCGAGCCCGAUGCAUGGUACCUGCAAUCGGCCUCUGUUCCCAUUGGUCAUGUUCUAACCUCUUUCAUCAUUAUGCUCAACACCAUGCUCCCACUGAGCUUGUAUGUCUCGCUCGAGAUUGUCAAGGUCGCUCAAAUGCUCUUGAUGAACGAUAUCGACAUGUAUGAUUCGGAUUCGGAUACUCCAAUGGAGCCGCACACCUCGACCAUCAAUGAAGAACUUGGACAAGUCAGUUAUAUCUUUUCAGACAAGACUGGUACACUCACCAACAACUCGAUGAAAUUUCGAAAGAUGAGUAUAGCUGGUACUGCUUGGCUUCAUGACGUUGAUCUCCAGAGAGAGGCCGAAGAAGAUGUUGGGAAUGCGAAAUUGAUCCAUAAAAAGCGUGCAAAGGGCAAGGAAUCUGCUCCACGGAAAUUGAAGGUGUCAAGCCCUGGACUCUCACGCAAAUCGGAUGUUUCAGGUUCCUUUGAGCAAUCCGAGAAGCCUGAAAACAUUCAACCGAAUGUACCUGGCGAGGUACAUGCUGAUGCUGAUAUACCCAAAACCGAAAAACUCUUGAGCUAUCUUCAGCACCGACCACAGACUGUUUUUGCGCGGAAAGCCAAGUUCUUCCUUCUUUCAUUGGCAAUUUGUCAUACUUGCAUUCCAGAGCAUGGCAAAGAUGGCUCGAUCGCAUAUCAAGCUGCAUCUCCCGAUGAGCUUGCACUUGUUACUGCUGCCCAAGAUAUGGGAUACAUCGUGGUGGACCGGCAGUCCAAUACAGUGACUGUCAAAACAAUUUCUGGUAGCAAUGGCGACGCUGUACAAGAAAGCUACGAGGUCCUCGACGUGAUUGAGUUUUCUAGCCUACGAAAACGAAUGUCAAUCAUCGUGCGAGUGCCUGAUGGCCGCAUUUGCCUCUUUUGCAAAGGUGCCGAUUCCACCUUGAGAAAAUUGUUGCGACUGGCAGAUCUGGCAGCGUCAAAUGUGCAAGACGUUGAGAAACGAGCGAGUCAGAGGAGAAGUGUGGAUGCACGACACGCCCUCCGUCGAAGAAGCACGCAAAUGAGUCAAGCUAGCUCCUUGCACACAUUUGAGACUGCGGCGGGACGUCAAAGCACUAGUAGCAUUGAUAAGACUAUGUCAACACGUGAAACCAUUGACCACUGGCUUCGAGACCGAGAAGCAGAUGUUGGUUCGCCUUCAAACCGCCGCCGAAGUUCUCAAUUCUAUUCACCUAGACCGUCUCUCCAUCUCACUUCUCCACGCAUGUCAGAGAACAACGCCGUUCGUUCAUCAUUUCAAGCAAGUCCUCGCGCAUCCUUUCAAGGCGAGUAUCUGGAGGAUCUUGUCGAUGAAGGCCUUGUUGUGAACGACAAUACUGUAUUUGAGCGCUGCUUCCAACAUAUUGACGACUUUGCCACAGAAGGUCUCCGUACUCUUUUGUACGGCUAUCGAUAUUUGACCGAAGAUGAGUAUACAACUUGGAAGGCUAUCUAUGCCGCCGCUGCAACUAGCAUUGUUGAUCGACAAGACAAGUUGGAGCGAGCAGGUGAGAUGAUUGAGACCAAACUUGAGUUACUUGGAGCUACUGCCAUUGAAGAUAAAUUACAAAAGGGGGUACCUGAUGCAAUUGACCGCUUCCGUCGCGCGGGUAUCAAGAUGUGGAUGCUCACUGGAGACAAGCGUGAGACUGCGAUCAACAUUGGACACUCUUGCCGCCUGAUCAAAGACUACUCUACUGUCAUAGUACUUGAUCAUGAACUUGGAGAUCUUCAUGUAAGAAUGGCCAAGGCUUACUCGACGAUGAAAGACAGUGAAACCGCUCAUUCUGUUUUGGUCAUUGAUGGCCAAACCUUGACUAUCAUUGAUGCAGACGCAGCAUCACGAGCUCUAUUUACAGACAUCGCAAUUCGGGCAGACUCUGUCAUCUGUUGCAGAGCAUCUCCCAGCCAGAAGGCGUCCUUAGUCAAGACUAUACGGACAAAAGUCAAGGGAUCGGUGACUCUUGCCAUCGGAGAUGGCGCUAACGACAUUGCCAUGAUACAAGAAGCCCAUCUUGGUAUUGGUAUUGCUGGUAAAGAAGGUCUUCAAGCUGCCCGUACCUCGGAUUACUCAAUAGCACAAUUCCGCUUCUUGUUGAAGCUGCUUUUGGUUCACGGUCGGUGGAACUAUGUUCGUAUUUGCAAGUACACGUUGGGAACAUUUUGGAAAGAAAUGAUUUUCUACACUGUUCAGGCACUUUACCAACGAUGGAAUGGAUAUACCGGAACAAGCUUGUAUGAGCCUUGGAGUCUAUCCAUGUUCAACACUUUGUUCACAUCCUUGCCGGUCAUUUUCAUGGGCGUCUUUGAGAAGGAUCUUUUACCCGCCACUCUGCUCGCAGUGCCUGAGCUCUACAAUAUUGGUCAAAAGAACCGCGGCUUCAAUUUCAAGUUGUACUUCUACUGGGCAGUCCUUGGCGCAGUUGAAGCUCAGGUGGUCUACUUUAUCCUCUGGGCAGUUUACGGAGAAGCUAUCUUCACGAGAGACCAAUCACUAUUUGCUUAUGGGGUGCUAGCAUAUAGUGCGUGUGUCAUCAUCAUCUCAAUCAAGCUCCAGUUUCUUGAGCUUCACAACAAGUCGAUAAUGGCUGCCAUCGCUAUAUUCUUAUCUGUGGGUGGAUGGUGGUUAUGGAAUCUCCUCCUAUCUGUCCUCUAUCCCGCAGACAAGAAUCCAAUAUACAACGUCAACCGAGCUCUUCUAGACCGCUUCGGACGCAAUCUGCUAUGGUGGAUUGCCCUUCUACUUAUCGUUCUGGCGGUGUGCGUUCUGGAAUUCUCUAUCAAAGCCAUCAAAACUACAAUUUUCCCCUCAGAUGUGGAUAUAUUCCAAAGGCUCGAGAAAGACCAGGAGGUGCGCAAACGAUUCGAAGAAGCAUCCGCGGAUCUCCUUCAACAAGGAUGGGACCGGGGAACCAAAAAAUCCAGUAUCGAACUGGAGCAGGAAACCGCAGCACAGAUCGAAAGAGAAGCACAUGUCCAACAGCUUCUCGAGAAGCCAAGGAAUACCGAGGAACACCGAAAGCCUUGGCUCAAGAGGCACUUCUCAGCUGGAGGAAGUACCACAACUGGUGCAGCGGCCGAGAAAGACAACAAGGCUGGCCAUCGCAAUGCCGUUGAGGAUGGAACGGAGAUGGGACAAGUGCCCAGGAAGUCUGUCGAUGUUGCAGAACUCUUCAGCAAAGGUUUUGGAGCAGUCCGGAAAGGACCCGAAUUACGAUGA